AUGCGGACACACAGCUCCCACGAGAGAGUCACCUUCAACCUUAUUUACGACCAUAUCACACUCUCACUGGUCAAUGAUGGCCUCGAUAUCACCUUCCAUAGCGAUGACAAGGCCUACGGCUGGAAUUUACCUUCCUGCAGAACCUAUGACACUAUCACAAUCAACGAGCAGGUAAUCCACAUCGACCCCCAACACUCCCUACCUGCAAUAGUCCGUGAUGUGAGGGGAUCUUUGAAGCUUUUCGGUGGAACUGUACACAUAUCUGGAUAUGUGGCUACACUCAACAUUGUUAGUGUGGUUGAACAUCAGCUUCUUUUGGACUCCACGGGCUUGGGGACUGCUUAUGAGGGUUUUGUUACCUUUUCUGGUGAGUUUCUGGAUGCAUCUGUUGAGGGUUGUGGUCUGGUUGAAAUCGUGCAGUAG